AUGGCGUCGAAACGAAUUUUGCGUGCAUGCAAGUUACAGGGUCUAUCUCUCCACGCUGACGCUCUCCGGCACCUCACUAAGGAGCUCACCAAUGAGCCGUCCUUACAACUGGACGAUGUCUUAUACGCCAUUAAAAACAAUAUCGAUCGUAGCAAGAUGACAACAUCUGUAGUGACGCUGGAGGCUCUGGAAAGUGCGUUGGACACUCUAUUGGCAGUAUCUGCAGAAAACGACUUCGAACAGAUUCAAGUGUUUGGUGCCUUCGAUACGCCGAUGCUGCAUUUUAACACGUACAACAAGUCAUACGAGUUGAGAGCAGACGCCCAACGUCACCUCCACGCUGGACCUGAGUCAAGGCUUCAGCUGCUACGGAAUAGAUUCAUGUCGUUGGAUGUCCGUGUCAAGAGGAAUCGACUGUUUGCGCCACCAUCGGCUGCGGUGGCAAACACCUCGGAGUACAUGGAGUUGUCGCGGAUUGAGUCGCUACUGGGUGCGACUGGAGUACGACGCGUGAUUGGUAUGCUGGGGCAGGACGAGCGAAAGAGAUUUUACCUGGAGGAUUUUACGUCGCGGAUUAUCAUUGAUCUCACAAACGCAGUAUACACAAAAGGUCUUUUUACGGUAAACUGCGUGGUGCUGGUGGAAGGUGACGUGGUUGAUGAUGUAUUCCAUGUCCAGUCAAUGGGUUUCCCACCUCCAGAGACAAAGGAGGCUUCGCUGGACGUUCUAGGUGGUAUUGAUCCACUAGGUGUGGAGGUGUCGGCGCAGCAGCGCGAACAGAUUCAAUCAGUUGAAGCUAAUGACCAUCAUGCCACAUUCAUUGUACUAUCUGACGUCCAUCUGGACGAUCCGAAUGUCAUGAGCAAGUUGGACGAGCUUUUUCAGGGCCUCGAGAGCGUGCAGCCAACGCUUUUCAUCCUCAUGGGCGAUUUUACGUCAGCAUCUAUCGGUGGAGGUGCCGGAUCGAACUCACUGCAGGAUCUACGCGAGUACCUGGAGGAGCUUGGAGACCUCAUUUUAAAGUAUCCUGGCAUCGCGGAUAACUCUCGUUUUGUGUUGGUGCCUGGACCUAAUGAUCCCGGUUCAUCGCGCGCCUUCCCACGUCACCCGCUUCCUGACCUUUGCACACGCGAACUCAUUCGUAAGGUGCCAAACGUCACGUGCAGCACCAACCCGUGCCGAAUUCGCUACUACACAAGGGACAUCGUGAUCUUCCGUGACAACCUCCAACAAAAGAUGCAGCGACAUGCGAUUCUUCCACCAAUGUCAAGUGAGCAAGAAAACGAAGGAGCUGCCGAGGAAGAAGAUGGUGAGGCUGCUCUGUCAGUCUCGCAGAUGCAAAUCUCGAAGCACUUGGCAAAGACGCUCAUCGACCAAGCGCACUUGUGUCCGUUGCCGUUGAUAGUAAAUCCGAUCAAUUGGGACUUUGAUUCGUCACUGCAGCUUUUCCCACUUCCAGACGUGUUGAUUCUCGGUGAUUCAACCGAGCAGUAUCAAUUAGGCUACUCGUCUGUCGGUGUGUUUCAUCCGGGUCCAUUCCACGUAGACUUUUCGUUCGUAUUUUAUCGUCCGAGUACUAAUACGACUGAAUUUAGUCGCGUUGAAUAA